UUAAAAAAUAAAACUGGCGCUUCAAAAAGUUUGGACAGGAGAGUAGUCUGCAGACGAUAUUCAGCGGAGUUUAUUUUAUCCCUGAAUAUAUUGUUUAACGUGGAUCUUAGCUGUGGACCUGUAAGGCAUUCCAGAUGUUGGAGAUGCCCCUCCAACCCUGCUCUAAUACAGUUAAUGGGCUAAACAUUUACUGUGAGGGACCAGAAACUGAUGAGUCCCACAUGGAGGAGUCAGUAAAUUUGGAUGAUAGUUUAACAAGCCUGCAGUGGCUACAAGAAUUUUCCAUAAUCAAUGCCAACAUGAACAGCAAGCCAUGUACUUUUCAGAGUGGCUAUGCUGGCUACAGCAAUGGUCUUGGUUCUAUGGCUCCCUCCUCUCCUUUGGCUGCUGAUCCUGCUUCAAUGGGAAUGCCCCACACCCCUGGAAAACCCAUAUCUACUUCCACAUCCAGACCCUGCUACCCAGGGAUGAUAUAUCAAGAACAGCCACUGGAAGACAUUGAUUACAAGACCAAUCCUCAUGUGAAACCACCUUACUCAUAUGCCACCCUUAUCUGUAUGGCAAUGCAGGCCAGCAAGAAGAGUAAAAUUACCCUUUCUGCCAUCUACAACUGGAUCACUGACAACUUCUGCUACUUCCGACAUGCAGACCCUACUUGGCAGAAUUCAAUCAGGCACAACCUUUCUUUAAACAAGUGCUUUAUCAAGGUUCCAAGAGAAAAGGAUGAACCUGGGAAAGGUGGAUUCUGGAAGAUUGAUCCUCAGUAUGCAGAUAGACUUCUGAAUGGAGCAUUUAAAAAACGUAGGAUGCCCCCAAUACAGAUUAAUUUGGCAUUUGCCAAUAAGAUACAGUCAGAAUCUGGAGCUUCAUCUUCUUCAUUUAACCAGGAAACCUCUCCCAUUGUCAGUGGUGGGCAGUUGAAUGUGGACAUGGAGUCAGAAGAGCUACUUCGGGAGUUUGAAGAGGUAACUGGUAGCCAAAACUGGAAUGUCAAUGAAGGAAAUCGAGCUUCCCGUAAACGUAAACAAACUUUGCCUAAGCGAGUUGUAAAGACCCCUCGAUUCUCAAGCUCACCUUUAUUGACUGUUGAGGAACAGACAGAACUUGGUUCCUUAAAAGGAGACUUUGACUGGCAGUUAGUAUUUGACGAUGAUGCCUUAAGUUCUAGUAGCAAUUUCUCAACCUUUGAUGACAUUGUGUUUACACCACCCAUCAGCCCCAUUAACAGUGAUGUUGAUUUAACAGUUCAUGGCAAACACAUUAAUAUACCUCAGGAAAGGCACUCAUUUGCACAGGAGCAACAUCCCACAGAGUCAGAAAAGAAUGACUUAGACUUUGAUGAGGAAACAUUUCUAGCUACAGCUUUUCUUCAGCAUCCUUGGGAGGAUGGCAAAAAUGACUUUCUUUCAAGUACUGUCAAUUUUGAUCAGCUGUUUGAUAUUAAUGAGUCACUGGAAAAUGACUUGAGUGACUGGGACAAAAUUCAGUCAUUUUUGUGAAGUUGACUAGCUAGGAAAUAUUAGAUAGGCCUAAUAAAUUGAUAAUUUGGAAAUGCUGCUGCAGAUUUAUGGGAAACAACCAUAUUAUAGUCUAUAGAUAUUCUGUUUAUUUUUUUGUGAAGUCUCACUCAGAAAUAAAUAUACAGGAGUUUUGGUUUAAAGUUUUGAUUUAAUCAGUUCACCUAAAACAUGGCAAACACAUACACACAUGCAUGUUCACAAUCAGUUUUAAUCACAGUCUAAUAAACUGCUCAACACAAAACUUGUAAUUUUAUGAUCUCAUAAAAUUCACAUUCUUGCUUUUCCAAAGUCUGUACCAUAGAAAAAUGGUCUUGGACUGUUUGGUGCCUUUCUGGCCAAUUGAUGGAGUGUUUUUUUUACUCUGUAUUUUUGAAGGAGUUUGUUCUUUAUAUCCUCAUUUCCCAUGAGCUUACACUUUUUCAUAGCGCCAACAGAAAGCUGCAGUUUACAAAGCAAUAAUCGAACUGCACUGAUGCUAUCUCUCAUGAUGUGCAAGUCUGCAGGUCUUUCAUGAAGCCCUGAAUCAAGAGUGCAACCUGCAAAUUAUACUUCAGAUUGAAGGCAGCAGAGAAAACAUUAUUUGAUGGUUAUCUAAAUCUAUAAUAUAAUAAAAUAUAAUUUUAUUGAAAUCAGUACAGAAUACUUGUAUGUUAAUGUUUAGCUCAAUACUUGCUUCAGGAAGAGGGUUAAUUUGAGAUGAUCAUUUGAUCUAAUAACAGUCAUUUGAACUAAGGAGGAAGGAGAAUGGUCAUUAUAUACAUAUAGAUGCAAAAGGGAAAAAUAAAUAGCAUAAUAUAAUUGCAUGUUUUAGAUUUUUAACUUUUGUUUCCAAGAUGGUCUUUAGAAAAUAUUUGUUUACCCAUCCAAUAAAAAAUUACUGUUAUUUUUAUCUGUGCAAACAGUGGCUGCUAUUCUGCCUUUGGUUAUGAGAUACUGUCUGUCAUCAAUGCAGUUCAGUUACAGCAUGAAAUGCAAAAAUAAGAAAAAAAUAACUUUGUAAGGAUAUGGAGGAAGGUUGUAUUAAUUAAAAGUAUGGUAACUCCCCAGACAGUAUUAACAUUCUGUUCACUGACAUUAAGUUAUCAUGACUGGUGCAAUCAAUACUGAGUACUUCUAAGAAUAAUAUGUUGUUGUGUCUUUCGGCUUUUCCCGGUUAGGGGUCGCCACAGCAGAACUCCGGUCCGCUAAUGAUUG